AUGGAUCCUGCACCCCCCCAGUGCAGCAGGACUGGGCGCCGUGUGCUCGUCCAGCACUGGCACCGAAGCCACCGCUGGUGUCCGGCUGGGGCCGAGGGGACAGCUGUCACCAAAGGGCUCCUCAUCCUCUGGGCAGUGCCAGGCCAGGGGGGGCGGCCCCUGCCGCCCCCCACCCUGCAGCAGAUCCAGGCGCUGGUGGGGCAGAUGGUCGAGGACGCCCGGGAGCUUUUUGCCUUCUACAUUUUAGCACCCACCAGCCAGCCCAGCACCCUCCUGCCCACGCUGGUGGAAGGGUUAACCCUGGGGGGCCGGUCCAGCCUCUCCCCCUGGGGCCGGGUGGCCGGCCGGGCGCGGCUGGUGACCGGCUCUGGCUGCCCCAGUCACAGCUUGUGCGGCUCCAACGUCCAGGAGCAGACCCGCAGGCAGGUCGCGCUGCUCAACGCCACCGCCCAGGACCUCUUCAGCCUCUACCUGAAGUGUCAGGGAGAGCCGUUCAGCAGUGAGACCGACAAGCUCUGCAACCCCAGCGGCGUCUUCUUCCCCGCGUUCCGUGUCAACCGGACGAGUGAGAGGAAGGAGGUCAUGGUGGCCAUGUACAAGCUCUUCGCCUUCCUCAAUGCCUCGCUGGGGAACAUCACGCGCGACCAGGAGGAGCUCAACCCCACGGCCAAGGAACUCCUCGACCGGCUCCACAACACCACCAAGACGACCCGGGGGCUCAUCUCCAACCUCACUUGCCUCCUCUGCAAGAACUACAACAUCUUCCAGGUGGACGUCAGCUACGGGGAGAGCUCCAAGGGCAAGAGCGCCUUCAAGAAGAAGCAGCAGGGCUGCCAGGUGCUCAGGAAGUACGUGCAGGUCAUCGCCCAGGCCGCUCGCGUCCUCCUACCUCAUCUCAGCCCCCCGUGA